AUGACUCUUAUAAAGGAAUGUCAGAACCGUCAUGUGUGUUGUUUUUCCAUUCUUCAGGAUCACGCGGAGAUGCUGGAGAAGAACAUGAGUGAGUACCUCCAGCCCGUCGAUCUACCCUUCCUCAAUCUUGAGCAGUGUUCACCGGCCGCUCUGGAAAGCCACACAGCCCUGAUGAAUCAAAUGCUUGGUACUUCCGCCACCAAUGCUCAGAAGACCGCAACAGACAAGUCGGGCCUAUUUUCAAAGUUCGGCAAAGCGCGUACUCAAUCUGUAGACGGUAAUCCUCUGCGUACCGCGUUCAUCGGCGGUAUCGGAUAUAAUCCGGUCAAGGUGACUUGCUUGGCGUGA